AUGAACAAUUCGUCUCAAACAGGUCGAGAACGAUCGGAUGAUAAUCACAACUGGAACAAUGACAAUCAAAUUGCUGCUCUCUAUGAAGAAUUUAUCUCCGUUACUAAUACAAAUGUAGAUAUAGCAAAGAAGAUGCUACAAAAAAAUCAAUGGAAUCUUCAACAAGCGAUCGGUGCUUAUUUUGAUACACCAAACAAUGAGCAAGCUUCAGCAUCUAAUGGUGAACUAUUUGAGGAGAGUCGAAAAUUCAAAUUACUUUCAUGGAAUAUCGAUGGACUCGAUACAGAUGCUUUGGAAGUUCGAACACGAGGUGUUAUCGAUGUGAUAAAAAAAGAAAGACCCGAUGCUGUCUUUCUGCAAGAAGUUAUUCCAUCUUCACUUUCUCAGAUUCAAAUACAUUUACCGGAAUACGAGGCACAUCUUGGAAAUGUUCAAAAUUAUUUUGUGGUGAUUUUAACUCGUAAAGCAACACUUACAGUUCAAAGUUUGAAUUUGAUACCAUAUCCAGGCACUCAAAUGGGCCGAAACUUAUUAAUAAUUCAUACUAGAUACAGAAACACCGUCAAUAUUGAUCUGAUGACAUCGCAUCACGAAAGUGGCACAGAAGAGAGCUCAAGUCACGAACGCAUGGAGCAAUUGAAAUUAUGCUUUAAAAAAAUGUUCGAUGCCCCAUCAGACCAUUUCGUAAUUUUCGGUGGUGAUUUAAAUAUGCGACAAAAAGAGUUAUACAAAAUUGGUAACGUUCCAGCUGGUAUAUAUGACUUAUGGUUUGCUAAUGGUAAACCAACUGAUUGUGAAUAUACGUGGGACAUGCAACUAAAUACCAAUAAGACUUUUUCAAUGUCUUCAAGUCGACCACGAGCGCGCUUUGAUCGUUUAUAUUUUCGAUCAUCAAGCGAUAAUUCUAUCAAAUUUCAACCAGUUGGUUUUGAAUUGAAAGGUCUCGAUAUCAUACCAUCUGUUCAACGAUUUUGUUCCGAUCAUUGGGCUAUCCAAGUUUCUUUCAGUGUUUAA